GGCUAGUACGUUUUCAGUCUAAGACCGCUAAACUCGUACAUAUUAUUUUCAUCCGCCGUCUUUAAAAAAUAUUUAAAUACAUUUUACUUUUUAAAAUGGCAUACUGUGUAUUAAUUUUUGUUAUGCGACUGGCGAUUGUCGAUUUUUUAAUACCAUCAUCGUGGAGAGCAAGAAAUGGCGAAGUACCACUUCUUAAUAUGGAUGAUUUAAUUUAUUUACACGGUGUAGAAUUUGUUAGGCAACGUGCUGAAGAAGCAGUCGAAGAGGAAGCAAUAGCUCAGGAAGAAGAAGCUGCAGCUUGGGAGGUUGAUAAUGAUGAAGAAAAUACAUCUGAAUUAACCCAAGAAGAAAAAGAAAAUUUUCGAUUACCAAUUUCGAUAAUAGCUCCUGAAAUGAAUCUCGGGUUCAAUUUUGUAAAUAUAUUAUUAUUAGAUAGAUUUACGUGGGAGGAUACAGUUUAUCAUACCGAUCUAUUAUCAUUCAAUACUGUAGUAAUGAUGCAUUUUGAUAGAUAUACGUCAGAAAAUAAUAUGCAUUCCAAAAUUGAUUGGAAAGUGAAAUUAAAUUGGUUUAACAAUAGAGUUGAUUCGGGGAGUUCAAUAAUGCGUAGAAUCAAGUAUAGGCCUUUAAUAGUAGAUCUAAAACUUACUAAUAUCCCAUCAGAAUAUGAAUUCAUAAGGGCUAAUUUUUUUUGUUAUACCUAUGAUGAAAUGUGUUAUAUUUUAAAAUUUAAUUAUAUCUUUGGGCAUUUUGCUUCAGAAAGAAACAUUAUUUUUUCAAAUUACAUAAUUUCAGAAUACAUUUCGGUAGGUGGAUCAACCAAUGGACCUACUACCACAAAAUAUUUCUGUGGUAAUGGUGCUACAUGUCUUAUAGAAUAUAAUUAUAAUAAUAGUCAUGAGUUUAUUCAGUUAAACACUCGUACAAGAUUGAGUGUUGAUUGUGUAAUUGUUAUAGAUGACUUAUUAACAAUAUUAAAAGAAUUUAAAAAGUGUGUUGUAUGUGAACGUCGUCUACAGCUGUGGGCUGUGCAUCAUGAAGUAGAAUUCAUAAAAGAAGCUAUUUUCGACAAUAAUCCAACAUUUAUGGUGAAAUAUAAUUAUGUGGCAAAUGUUUGUGUUACUAUUAAAGCUAUUAAUGCGUUGGCAUUUAUACCACUGUGUGAUUUAGAUAUGACUGCAGAUGAAUUAACAAAGGAAUUUCCUGAUGAGCUUAUACCAUUACUUGAGUGGUUUGAAGAAUUUUACAUUGGGAAGAAAAAUCGAUGUUUAGGACGAAGAAAUCCACGUUAUUCUUUUGAGAUGUGGAAUCUUAAUUAA